AUGUCCUUCAGUCUAAACUCCACCUCAGGCCUCAAUUCAUCAUCAAAUCUUCUGGCCAAUCAGAAUACCAGUGCUGCUACGGGUCAGGAACUUGCAAACGAUGUCUUGGUGAACAAUGGUCCCGAAGACAGCAUAACUGAUUUAGCAUUCUCACCACAACAAGAGCUUCUUGCUGUGUCUAGUUGGGAUAAGAAAGUGAGAAUCUACGAGGUUGAUCCCAACUCGGGCCAGAAUCAAGGUAAAGCCUUGUUUGAACAUGAGGGUCCCGUCCUUUCCGCGAGAUGGUCUACCGAUGGUUCCAAGAUUUGCAGUGGUGCUGCCGACAAACAAGUGAAGCUUUUUGACUUGGCUUCUCAGCAAGCUCAGCAAAUUGGUGUUCAUGAUGCACCAGUAAAAGCUGUUCGUUUUGUCCAGUGUGGACCAACAAACACAGAGGUUGUUGUCAGUGGUCUGUGGGACAAGACUUUGAAAUAUUGGGACACUCGUCUGCCCCAGCCAAUCUCGACCAUCCAAUUACCAGAGAGAGUCUAUACCAUGGAUGCGUCACAGAAGCUUUUGGUUGUAGGCUGUGCCGACAGGCACAUUGCUGCAAUUGACCUCAACAACCCCCAACAGAUCUUCAAGUCGCUGCAGUCAACAUUGAAGUACCAAACCAGAACAGUGUCUUGUUACCCACAAGGAAACGGUUACGCGAUUGGCUCGAUUGAAGGCAGAUGUGCUAUUCAGUACAUUGACGAAGCCGAACAACAAAAGUCUGGUUUCUCAUUCAGAUGCCACCGUAAGUUGCCUAAUGGUGCGCCAGCUACAUCUUCUGCUAGGACUGUGGCCAACCAGGAAGUCCAUGUUUACCCGGUCAAUGCCAUCUCGUUCCACCCAAUCUAUGGUACGUUCUCUACAGCUGGUUCAGACGGUACCUUCUGCUUCUGGGACAAGGAUGCUCGUCAAAGAUUGAAAAACUUCCCCUCUGUCAACGCAAGUAUCACUGCGACAGCUUUUAACAGAAACGGUACCAUAUUUGCCUACGCCAAGAGCUACGACUGGUCACAAGGCUACCAGGGUAACAGGCCAGACUACCCUAACGAAAUCAAGUUGCAUGCCACCAAAGACGAUGAGAUCAAGCAAAAGAAAAGAAGAUAA